AUGGACGCGCACGAGCUGAUAGAUGCCCAGUUCGAUCGGGCUGUGGAAAUCAUUCAGAGCUUGCCGAAGACGGGACCUAUUCAGACGGAUUAUGAGGAGAAACUGAUGAUGUACAGUCUUUACAAGCAAGCCACUGUGGGGAACGUCAAGGCGCCUCGUCCAGGCAUAUGGGACAUGCUGGGCAAAGCGAAGUGGGAUGCUUGGGCGAAGCACAAGGACUUGGACCCAUACGAGGCGAAAUGGCUGUAUGUAGAUGCCUUGCUCAAGGUUCUGCGCAAGUACUCGGACAAGACUGUAGCACGCGAUCUUGUGCGGGAGCUCGAGUCAUAUGAGGGGGACCCGUCCAACAUCAUGAUGAGCAGGUCAUUGUCCCGUGGUUCCGAUUCUUCAGGCUCCGGGGAGCCAGAACAGCGACCAUUAGUCUCGAUUUACCGCUCUGGACCCCUGCCGACACACCUGCUGAACAACACGACAAAUCCACAAGCCUUCCAACGCCAGCCCUACCCUGCUGAAACGACCUCUGAUGAAGAAACAUCUGAUGACGAAGCUCGCGACGGCGCCCCUGCACCUCCCACACACGAUCACCACAGCCAAGUGAACCGCCCGCAAUCAUCCCUUUCCUCCCAUCGAUACCGCACGCCUAUGGCUGGCUCUAUGAUGAUGACGCCUCCUACGAUACCCGUUCCCGCCACCCAACCCCAUCCAGGCUUCGAAACCCCAUCCGCCUUCGCGGGCCCCUCAACGCCCUCCGUCCCCUCGUUAUACCGUCCACAGACGACGACUUCCUACGGCGACCAAUAUUCGCGCGAACGCACAUCUCCGCAGCAACACCCCCACCACGCGCACUCGAACCAGCCCACGACAUACCGCGCUACCACCACGCCCCUUGUGGCGCGGCAGCACAGCUUCCCCGUCCGCCCCGCCUCCCGCAUCGCGCUCGAGCGCGCCGUCGAGAGCGUGCAGGCCCACCUCGCGGCGCUGACGGAGCGCAUCGAGACCCUCGAAUCGCACCCAAAUGACGCGUGGGGCGGAUACGCCGCGCGCUCUCCGGGCGCCGCGAGCGCUUCGCCAACGUGGCCCGGGGCGCGCGGGAUUGGGCGCGGGAGCCCGCGCGCGCUCGGCGGGUCGAGCUGGAACUUCGACGAGAUGGGGCUGUGGUCGUACGUGCUCAAGGCCCUCGUGCGCGUCGUUGCGCGCAGCCAGCAGCUCGUGUCGUUCCUGGCGGACCACGAGCACCGCUCGCCGACUCUAAUCGUCGUGCGCCGGCUGUUUUUGGACUUGUCGUUCAUCCUCUGUGUGCUGGCCGUGAUCAGGGUGUUGUGGCGGGCCGUGGCUGGGCACAAGACGCCAAGAAUCAUGGUUGAUCAGGGCGUAUAGAGAAUCGUCAACCGUACUUUCUUGGAUAUAUAUCGGGAUUUUAUUUCUUUGUGGAUAUUCAAGCUCCAUUAUUUUUCACAUUAAGCAAAGCAGGAGUCAGCUAUGCCCAAGGGAGCUGCUACUGGAAGGCUUGUACUUCCAGAUAUCAUCUUCAAAUCCGGAGCAAUCGAACGUUCCAUUCCUGAAUACAUCCUAUGCAUGCUAAUCAUACAGAUCGUCUGCAGGCCACCGGCCAAAUUCACUACGCCUUUCAUGCU